AUGAAUUUCACGGCCGAAACACCUAUUUUUGUAGCCAUUCCUCUGGUGUUGUAUAGAAUGGUAGGCGUGAACCUCCCGCGCACACCAACCCAUAGGAAUCAUAUCUAUUCAACAAAUUAUGUCAAUAAUUAUAUAUCGGAAGACCCGUUACGGCAGCACAUGAUGCGAGGGGUGGCGGGAGUUCAGUCACAUCCCGGUGUCGUCGGUCCCGAUAUCGAGCGACACAUCGGUCAGGCGGUGCCGUCAAAUGCCGGCGCCUCCAAUGCUAUUUCCAACGGCAUCUCCAACAGUGUGUCCAACACUUACUCCGCAUACCCGUCCUCGUCAGUAGUAGUGGACAACACAUUGGGAGGCCUGUCAGGAGGACUGGGAGGGUCUGGACACUCCAACACAGUGGAGCAUCACCCGGAUCAGCCGAGUUGCGCUAAAAUGCCGGGACUGGUAGCCAAACAGUUACAGGUAUGCGAGGGUCACCCGAACGCCAUGUAUGCGGUCAGUGAAGGAGCCAAACGGGCUAUACAUGAGUGCCAGAAGCAGUUCAAGAACGAGAGGUGGAACUGUACCACAGAAGGGGAUAAGUCGGUGUUUGGACAUACAUUACAGCGAGGGAGCCGAGAGACAGCCUUCGUGUACGCCAUAACGAGCGCCGGUGUAGUUCACGCCAUAUCCCAGGCCUGUUCGGCCGGUAAUCUCACGGAAUGCUCGUGCGAUCUGUCGCCUCAAGGGGCGGGUGGGGCGGGCAGUGGACACCCGGACGGCUGGAAAUGGGGCGGCUGUUCCGAUAACAUCCGGUACGGCAUGCAAUUUGCCAAGACUUUCGUGGACGCACCGGAACGGGCGGCCCGUAAGAAAAAUCAGGACAUCCGGGCGAUGAUGAACCUCCAUAACAAUUACGCGGGACGUCUG